AUGGCUGCUCCCCAACCCGCCCCUGCCUCUCCUAACAGAGCCAGCCGCCUUUGCAAUACGUUCGCCACUGGUCUAGUCGCCCUGACAGAUAAACGAAACGAACUGCGUUUCAGCAUGCAUCGCAAGAUUAACGUCGUCGACUAUGAGAAGUUCAUGGGCGACUUCAUGCCCAACGCGACGCUACCGGCCCCGCCCUCAUUACUGUCGUCUUUGGUUUCGUCGUUGCCAUGGCCGCUACGCGCCUCCUCAGGGUCUACGCGCACGACAAGAGCGUCCACGGAAGCGACGAGGCAAUCAUUCGUCAAUCCUUUCAAGGGCGUUUGGGGAGCCGCGGGAAGCGAACAGGAUAUGUACACCAUAAUUACAUCGGCUCUGAACAAGUCGAAGAUCUGCAAAGGGUACACGGUAGUAGCGACCCCACACAAAGCCGACAAGACAGACGACAGUAGGCAAGCAGUCGACUGUGGCUUGUACCCCAACGAUGCACUCGACAGGGUUGAGGUCACGACGGAGACCCCGUCCAAGCUCGGCCGGACAGACUGGUCGUCAAUCGAGAUCGCUAUCGAGUGCAAGAUGGACGCCACCGCCGGCGAUCCGUUCGACGAGACUGACGACUUUAACGAGCCUGAGGCCGACACCCGGCGCAAGGUGCUCGGACAGGUCCUGAACUAUGCCGAAAAGGUAUUCGACCGCCAGCAUCGGACCGCCCAGUACAUGCUCCUCUUCCUCGGCAACUUCGCUCGCAUCGUUCGUGUCGAUCGCGCCGGGAUCUACGCGACGUCCAAGUUCAACUACUGGACAGACGGCACGAAGCUUGCAGCGUUCCUUCACCACUACGUCAAUCUCGCGGCUGCUGAGCGCGGCCACGACACCACCGCUGUGCGCGUCCUUCCCGAGUCGAAGGAGGGCCAGCGGAUGUUGGAUCGAGUGAAGAAUAUCGACCCGGAAGACUACGUGGCGAAGAGAUUCGAAAAACUGCUUGACCAGGAAUGGCCCUGGUGGAUGUUGGAAGUCACCGAUGAACUCGACAAGAAGAAGAAGCGACGUUUCCUAGUGGGCAAGCCACACUUCCAGGCUCCCGGCGUCGCCGGACGCGCCACUCGCGGCUACAUCGCCCUCGACGCGGACUCGGACUCUGACGACUUCGUUUAUGUGAAGGAUGCGUGGCGGGUCGUCAGCAAACACAUCGAGAAGGAGGGCGCCAUCCUCGAGGCACUGAGGGCGCAUCGCGUUCAGUACGUGCCCACGCUCGUCUGCCAUGGCGACAUACCCGGACAGAAGACAGAGAGUCAGGCGGUGUGGAAGAAACACCACCCCAAGGAGAAGUGCCACAUGAAGCACCACCAACAUUAUCGACUCGUGACCAAGGAAGUCGGCAAACCGUUGGAGGAAGUCUCCAGUGGCAACGAGCUCAUGAAAGUGAUGUACUGCGCAGUACUAGCCCACUCGCAGGCGUACAAGAAUGAUAUCAUCCACCGCGACAUCAGCGCUGGGAACAUCCUGAUAUACAAGAAGGAGGACGGACUAUGGUAUGGACUCCUCAACGAUUGGGAGCUGUCGAAGAAAAUGUCGCAACAGUUGAAAGAGGGGCGUCAGCCUGACCGAACGGGAACUUGGCAGUUCAUGUCCGCAAAGGCGCUGGACAACUAUACAAGAAUGAUCGUCAUCCAGGACGAGCUGGAAGCAUUCUUCCAUGUCAUGCUUUACAUCGCGCUCCGCGUCCUUCCCCACAACUGCCCAGUCAACGCGGUGCCCCGCCUUCUCCGCGACUACUUUGACGACUACGCCUUCCAUGAGGACGGAAAUCUUUGCGGGGCGGCCAAGCGUCAAGCGAUGCGCAACGGCUCCAUAGACAUCGCGGCAUACAACCCGCAGAAGAAGGACGAUCCGACGCCUCCUGCCACUACGCUGCAUUUCGUAUGGCCGGAAGAGCUUGACAGGGUCUACCCGUUGGACGAGGUCUUCACCACGUUCUUAUCCUGGCUCAGUGCGUAUUACGCUGUCACUCUUCCCUCCGAAACGAAGGCGACCAAGCCGGGGACCAAUGCGGCGACCAUCAACCCUUUCAAUAGCGGCCUGCUGGGAGAAUUGGCCCCGCCUGAUGGGAUGGACCAAGUAUUUCCGCGUGCGAAUGCGUCCACGUCGCAAAAUCCUCUCACGACGAUCGUCGAGAAUGUGCCGUCUGGACCGUCUCGGGAGUCUCUCAAAGAGCUUGCCAAGAACCUUGAGGACCAUCAGCCCUUGCUGCAAAUGCUAUGGCUAUCCCUCGCCAAGGAUUGGCCUGCUAAGAACUCGGACCGUUGCACGGACAAGAAGCCCGACAAGAACACGCCCCUUCAGACGGAGAGGACCAAGACGGGUUCGAAGCGCGGUUCCGAGACGUUGGAAAGCGCGACAAGCAGUGGCAAGCCUGCUAAACGCCCUAGGUCUUGAGGUCUC